UGAAACUUAGAGUGCCGUGUUUAUUUGAUAUGAUGUAGUGCAGCUUUGAUAUGCAUGUACACCUUUGAUUCACUUCGUUUUAUUAUACACAUGGUAAUACUCUGCGGGUGUUCACGUUUGUUAUGUUUGAUUAAUAGUGGAGAUGUUUCAUGACAAAACGGAUGUGUCGUCCAGAAAUAAUGACAGCACUCCAUUUGUUACUAAUACCCGAGCGGAGCAUGGGGAAAUGUACAAGGUCCACGUGAUUAAUUGCAGAUCUUUGCCAAGGCCAAACAUGUCACACAAGGUUAUUAUGUAUCAUUUACCAUUUUGUUGGAAGAAAACUGCAGUGGCUGUGUUGGCUAGUCUGGUCAUGUUUUCGUCGGUGCUGAAGACGGCUAGCUGGAAGAGGAGGGUUGCCUUAACAGCCAUCGACUUGAAAGUUGUAAUGAUGUUUCUGUUGUUCUAUGCUGGACCUCUGGCUAAUGUUUUUGUACUUGUCACCGUGGCAAUUGGAGUCUACUGGGUCAUGCUUUCCCAGCAUAUGUCUGUAACACUGCCACUACCCCAUCAGGAAAAGCAUUUUGUGACAUACAUCAUUUGUGCCUUUGCACUCAAGGCAAUUCAAUUCCUCCACAAGCUGACGGUACAGCUGUCAGUGGAUAUUUUCUUUAUUGACUGGGAGAGGCCUCGAAACACACCAAGCCGGCCUGUGUCUCCCACCGGUCAGCAGAAACGGGAUCUUUUACCUGUCAGCAUUUGGAGGACCUACAUUGUGGCAAAUGCAUGGAUCGGAAUUCAGACCAUCCGCAAGAUCAAGCCAACCUUUCAGAUCAUGGCUGUGCUCUUCUUCCUUGAAGGGUUGGGGUUCUCAAAAUACACAGUCAAGGAGCCAUUGCCAAAUUCCACGGCCUCCGUCCACGAUGCGUCCUCGCCUACAUACAGCCCGAUUUUACGUUACGGUCUGGCAUCAUCACUUUGGCUUGGCAUUGGACUUCUGCAGGCCACUUUCACGACCUUUUACGAGAUAUGUGUGUAUGACAAAUUCCUUCAGUUUGUGGACCUCUGCUCUAUCAGCAAUAUUUCAGUACUACUGUUACCUCUGAAAUGUUUUGGCUACUACAUCCAUGGACGCUCUGUGCAUGGCCAUGCUGACACAAACAUGGAGGAAAUGAACAACAAUCUAAGGAGAGAAGCAGAAUCACUCUGUGGCCAAAGAGGUCUUCUUCCCUGCACAGACAUGCAGACUUUCCAGGUGGCUUUGUCCACACGACUACGUUCACAAUAUGACAGGAUACGCGAGUCCUUCACUGAGAGACACAGGCCGACAAAGCUCAAUGACCCGGGUUCAGCCAACCAUUGGGACCAAAGCAUCCAGGCCUACACUACUAUGAACCACUUCCUGGGAUCAAUCAUAGAUCAUGCCCACACUGACAUGGAUUACUAUGUUAAGGACAAACUUGGAUUGGAGAUCGUCAUGGACAUAGAGUUCCUACAGCCAAUUGAGAAGAGCAUCUUUUAUAAUGAUAGAGCCCCCAGUUUCAGUGAUGUGCUUUUUUAUGGACAAGAAAGCACACUGCUAGUAUUUGACAUGCUGUUCUUCUGCGUUGUCGACUUAACAUAUAAUAACUUUGUACUGGCAGGCAUUCUGACAGUCAUCGAGCAAAUGGUUGGUAUUGAAUGUAUGCAUUGUGUAAAGAAGGACACUGAUAUUUUAAUCUAUUAUUACGCCACAGAUAUUCCGAAUGAUUUGUGUUUAUUUUGGGAAGAAGAACCUUGUCUACAAGACUCAGGUGGAUGGACGCUUCCUGAAGUAAUUGUCAUGGAUAGUGCUCAAAAUUUCACUUUUUUUAUGUCCAUUAUAUUUCAUUCACAUUAACAAAUGUAUAUAUUUUCAUUCAAAAUAUUUCCAACUUUUGUAUGUUUAUGAAAUGUAUUAAAAUGAUGUACAUGACUGGGUUUAUCCGAAUAAUUUCCUCUUAACAUUUUCUUGAAGACUUUCUUGGAUGAUACAAAUACGACAAUUUGUAAAUACUGUGCUUGCCAUGGAAACUUCUUAUGGUGAAAAUUUUUUUUCAAGGCGAUAUAGUUUCUUUCUAAAAUGCCCCGAUGAAAAUAAAUUCUAUUUAUCUUGUAUAAUUAAUGAAUAUGUUUGAAAAUCCCUGGCUAAUUGUAUUUUAUUUUGUUUUAUAUCCGUGCCUAUUUUAAUUUACCAUUUUUUUAUACUUGACUGGCUUCAUUCAGAUGUUUUCCUGUUAAUAUUUUCUAGAAUUUGUUGGACGAUACAAAAAAAUGACAAUUUGUUCAAUACUGUUCGUGUCUUGGAAAGUUUCAAAGUGAAAUUUCUUAAAAUCCCAGAUGAAAACAGAAAUGCUAUUAUUUCUUGCAUAAUUGAUGAAUAUGUUUGAAAAUCCCUGGCUAAUUGUAUUUUAGUGUGUUUUAUAUCUGUGCCUAUUUUCAUUUUACAUUUUUGUACAUGUCUGGCUUCUGGUGAAUGUUUUCCUGUUAAUAUUUUCUAGAGGACUUUCUUGGAUGAUCCAAAAAAUAGCAAGUUCUUCGAUACUGUUCGUUUCUUGGAAAGUUUUGAAGGUGAAAACUCGUUUCUUGGAAAGUUUUGAAGGUGAAAACUUUGUUUCUUUCAAAGUAAAAUUGUUUAUUUGUCGAAACCCCUGAUGAAAACAGAAAUGCUAUUAUUUCUUGUAUAAUUGAUGAAUGUUUGAAAAUCCCUGGCUAAUUGUAUUUUAGUGUGUUUUAUAUCUGUGCCUAUUUUCAUUUGACAUUUUUGUACGUGUCUGGCUUCUGGUGAAUGUUUUCCUGUUAAUAUUUUCUAGAAGACUUUCUUGGAUGAUACAAAAAAAUAAGUUCUUCGAUACUGUUCGGUUCUUGGAAAGUUUUGAAGGUGAAAACUUUUUGGGGGAAAUUUUUGAAGGUGAAAACUUUUUCUUUCAAAGUAAAAUUGUUUAUUUGUCGAAAGCCCUGAUGAAAACAGAAAUGAUAUUAUUUCUUGUAUAAUUAAUGAAUAUAUUUGAAA